AAUGUAUAUUUUAUUAAAUUCUGUAACAGUUCAUCUGCAUUGUAUUUCUAAGAGUUGUUCUUGGAUGAUGAGGGCAUCUAGUUUUAAUAAAUCUAGUUUAUUCAAAGUUCGGAAGUAUAUUGCUCAGCAUACAUGUUGUGUUAGAGAAAGAGUUUAUGUCAUACGUCAAGGGAUAACUGACGUUGUAGCUGUAUUGAUAAUGGAUAAUUAUAUUGAUCCAUCUAAGGUAUAUACUCCAAAAGAUGUAGCUGAUGAUAUGUUGAAAUUGCAUGGUGUUUCAUUGACAUACAUACAGGCAUGGAGAGCUAAAGAAAAAGCAGUAAAGUUGGUGCGAGGAGAUCCAGCAGAAUCUUAUGCAAGAUUACCUGGUUAUUUUUACAUUUUGGAGCAAACAUAUCCAGGAUCUGUUUUGAAAAUAAAAAGGAAUGAAGAUGAUACAUUUUUAUAUGCAUUUUUUGCUUUAGAAGCAUGUAUUAAGGGCUGGGAAUAUUGUAGGCCAAUUGUAGUUGUUGAUGGUGCUGCAUUAAAAUGUUCAUAUGGUGGUACAAUGUUAACUGCAAGCACAUUGGAUCCGGGAGGUAAAAUAUUAGCCUAUAUAAUUUUCUAAUUAUAUAAUAUAAUGAAAAAGUAUAUGAAUGAUAUUUUUUAUUUGUGUGAUAUUUUUUUAAAAAAUUAAUGAGCAGGUCAUAUACUUCCGUUGGCGUAUGCGAUAGUAGAUUCUGAAAAUGAUGCUUCAUGGACAUGGUUCUUUGAGCAAUUUAGAGAAGCAUAUGGAGUUAGACAAAAUAUGUGUUUUAUGUCAGACAGAAAUGAAAGCAUAUGGAAAGGGACAACAAAUGUAUAUCCUGAAUCAGAACAUUAUGCAUGCAUAUGGCAUUUAUCAGUCAAUGUUUUGAAGAAUUUCAAUAGAAAUACUGAAGAUUUGAAGAUGUUGUUCUUUCAUUGGCAAAAGCUUAUACAAAACAACAGUUUGAGACAAUUAUGAGAAGAAUAGAUCAGAUAGAUACGCGAAUACAGCCAUACUUGUUUGAUAUAGGUUAUAGCAAAUGGUCAAGAGCUUACUCGAAUUGUAAGCGCACAUGGACGAUGACUUCAAACAUCGCGGAGUCAUUGAAUAAUGUUAACAGAUUAGCACGGAGGUUACCGGUGAUUUCACUUCUUGAGUUUAUGAGGGUGACAAUUCAGAGGUGGAUUCACAAGCAUAAUGAGGAGGCUGAUAAGACUACAUCUAAUCUGACAAAAAAAUAUGAUGUUUAUCUACAGAAAAGUAUUACGUUGUCGUGCAAUAUGAGGGUAUGUUUUUCACUAUUUUAUAUUUUUAAUUCAUACUAAUCUUCAGCAUGUAUAAAAUAUAUUUUUUUUACACAGGUGAUACCUUCAACUGUUGAUCUGCAUGUUGUAGCUGAAGGAGAAAAGAAAUACAUAGUAAAUUUGAACACAAGGAUGUGUAGUUGCGGAAGAUUUCAACAUUAUGAGAUACCAUGUGGUCAUGCGAUUGCUGUUCCCCGGUACAGGAAGUUACAUGAAGCAGAUUUCUGUUCUGCUUUUUAUAGCCACAAGAAUUUCAAAGAUGCUUAUGUCAUUCCUGUCGAGCCUAUCCCGUGCGAGAGUACAUGGAAUAUACCAAGUUAUAUUUCAGAUCCUAAAUUGAUGCCGCCUGGUCCAAAAAGAGCAGCAGGAAGACCCAAACUUGAACGGUGGAAGGGAUUCGCAGAUGUGAAGUUCAAGAAGACAAAAAGCACAUGCAGUAGAUGCCAUCAGGUUAGACACAAUCGGAAGACUUGUUCAAAUUAUCCUGUACAAAAACAAUGAUGUCGUAAUGUUAAAUCUGUGUUAUUGAGGCAUUACAUUGUUAUAAAUGUGUUUUUUUAUUGAAUAAUAUUAAUAUUCAUACAAA